AUGGCAAUUAAAAAAGAUAUUCAAGAAUUAGAAUCUUCUAUGAUUAUUAAAGCAAAAAAAAGGCACGAAAAAUUUGUUGGACAUUCGAAUUCGCCCGAUGAAACAACGGUUCAUCCACCACUUCAUGGAGAGGAUUUAACUGAUAAUGUGCCAAACAUAUCGAAAAUUGCAUCGAAUGAACAAUUGGAACAUUUACAGCAACAAAAAGCAUCAACAUACUUCAAAAUGUCAUACAAAGUUGACAAGGGUCUUCGUACUUUACCUUUUGCAGCAAAUUUACCUGCUGUUAAUAACCCACAAUUCGUUGCAAGAUACACAUCUAUUUCAUCGUUAGCAAAAGGUGAUUGGCCUACACCACCUAGAAAAGAACCGUGCAGAUAUAUUAGCAAUGUCAAAGGUGCGUAUCUCAAACUGAGAUUAGGCCAUCCAGAAGAAUUAAGUGCUCGUAAAACUGGUAAGCACUUUUAUUUAACAUAUAAUUCAAUUGAAAUGUUAAUUCAGAGCAAAAACUGUGAUAAUGAGUAA